AUGUACCAAUGGUACCAUUACAACGCUGCUUUCCUCCCGUGUCUCGGCGGCGCCACUUCGCUCAAGCUCGCGUAUCACUACAAAUAUUACCUCGGCCAGUUCUGUGGGCCCGAGAUCAACAAGUUCUCCCUCAAGGCCGGCAUCAAGACUGUGCAUGAAGUAGUCACAAUCAACGAUAUGAUCACGGUCACCAUCGACCCAACCCCAUCGUCAUCGUUCGUCCCAUCGACGAGGUCUAAAAAUGAGAAUACAAAGUCCGGCUCCAAGUCAAACAUCAUCAAGCCGACAUCAACCACACAGCCGCCGCCCCCAGCUCAACCGUCAGAGGCGGUCUACAUAUUCUUCGACUGGGCCGUCUCGUCUGUAAUCACGACCAACACAUCCGGUGGGAAGUUUGUCAUGGUCCCCCGCCUUACGAGCCUCGACGACAAAACAAUUCACGACAUUUGCAACGAUGAGGCUGUCGGAAGCAUGGGCGCUGGCAUGAGAACGUCUCCUGAUCCCCCAGGACUGCCCCCGAGUUUUCAGGCCAGCCAGGACAUUUACGGAAAGAAGGGAUGCAAGUACAUUAGUGGGUACGAAAUGAAGUCUGCCGGAAGAUUUAGAUGUGACAAGGUUCUUGAGUUCGAAUGCAUCACUGAUCCUCAGGAGAAUGAGCAUAUCAAUUGUUCAAAGGCAGAGACACAAGAGAAGUUUUAUGUGCCAAGGGACUUGGAGCAUUUUUGA